AUGACCCCAGUGGUAGCCCACCUGCCCAGCCCUACUCCGUCGAGCGAGGGAGAGGUGGUGCUGGCCGCAAUGCUGUCCACAGAGAUGCCCAGUCUGCCCAGCCCCACUCCGUCGAGCGAGGGAGAGCAGGGAGAGCAGGUGCUGGGCUCAAUGCUGGCCACAGAGAUGCCCAGUCUGCCCAGCCCCACUCCGUCGAGCGAGGGAAAUCAGGUGCUGGCCUCAAUGCUGGCCACAGAGAUGCCCAGUCUGCCCAGCCCCACUCCGUCGAGCGAGGGAGAUCAGGUGCUGGCCUCAAUGCUGGCCACAGAGAUGCCCAGUCUGCCCAGUCCCACUCCGUCGAGCGAGGGAGAGCAGGUGCUGGCCUCAAUGCUGGCCACAGAGAUGCCCAGUCUGCCCAGCCCCACUCCGUCGAGCGAGGGAAAUCAGGUGCUGGCCUCAAUGCUGGCCACAGAGAUGCCCAGUCUGCCCAGCCCCACUCCGUCGAGCGAGGGAGAGCAGGGAGAGCAGGUGCUGACCUCAAUGCUGGCCACAGAGAUGCCCAGUCUGCCCAGCCCCACUCCGUCGAGCGAGGGAAAUCAGGUGCUGGCCUCAAUGCUGGCCACAGAGAUGCCCAGUCUGCCCAGCCCCACUCCGUCGAGCGAGGGAGAGCAGGUGCUGACCGCAAUGCUGGCCACAGAGAUGCCCAGUCUGCCCAGCCCCACUCCGUCGAGCGAGGGAGAUCAGGUGCUGGCCUCAAUGCUGGCCACAGAGAUGCCCAGUCUGCCCAGCCCCACUCCGUCGAGCGAGGGAGAUCAGGUGCUGGCCUCAAUGCUGGCCACAGAGAUGCCCAGUCUGCCCAGCCCCACUCCGUCGAGCGAGGGAGAGCAGGUGCUGACCGCAAUGCUGGCCACAGAGAUGCCCAGUCUGCCCAGCCCCACUCCGUCGAGCGAGGGAGAUCAGGUGCUGGCCUCAAUGCUGGCCACAGAGAUGCCCAGUCUGCCCAGCCCCACUCCGUCGAGCGAGGGAAAUCAGGUGCUGGCCUCAAUGCUGGCCACAGAGAUGCCCAGUCUGCCCAGCCCCAAUCCGUCGAGCGAAGGAGAGCAGGUGCUGACCGCAAUGCUGGCCACAGAGAUGCCCAGUCUGCCCAGCCCCACUCCGUCGAGCGAGGGAGAUCAGGUGCUGGCCUCAAUGCUGGCCACAGAGAUGCCCAGUCUGCCCAGCCCCACUCCGUCGAGCGAGGGAGAUCAGGUGCUGGCCUCAAUGCUGGCCACAGAGAUGCCCAGUCUGCCCAGCCCCACUCCGUCGAGCGAGGGAGAGCAGGGAGAGCAGGUGCUGACCGCAAUGCUGGCCACAGAGAUGCCCAGUCUGCCCAGCCCCACUCCGUCGAGCGAGGGAGAGGUGGUGCUGGCCGCAAUGCUGUCCACAGAGAUGCCCAGUCUGCCCAGCCCCACUCCGUCGAGCGAGGGAAAGCAGGGAGAGCAGGUGCUGACCUCAAUGCUGGCCACAGAGAUGCCCAGUCUGCCCAGCCCCACUCCGUCGAGCGAGGGAGAUCAGGUGCUGGCCUCAAUGCUGGCCACAGAGAUGCCCAGUCUGCCCAGCCCCACUCCGUCGAGCGAGGGAGAGCAGGUGCUGGCCUCAAUGCUGUCCACAGAGAUGCCCAGUCUGCCCAGCCCCACUCCGUCGAGCGAGGGAGAGCAGGGAGAGCAGGUGCUGGCCUCAAUGCUGUCCACAGAGAUGCCCAGUCUGCCCAGCCCCACUCCGUCGAGCGAGGGAGAGCAGGUGCUGACCUCAAUGCUGGCCACAGAGAUGCCCAGUCUGCCCAGCCCCACUCCGUCGAGCGAGGGAAAUCAGGUGCUGGCCUCAAUGCUGGCCACAGAGAUGCCCAGUCUGCCCAGCCCCACUCCGUCGAGCGAGGGAGAGCAGGUGCUGACCGCAAUGCUGGCCACAGAGAUGCCCAGUCUGCCCAGCCCCACUCCGUCGAGCGAGGGAGAGGUGGUGCUGGCCGCAAUGCUGUCCACAGAGAUGCCCAGUCUGCCCAGCCCCACUCCGUCGAGCGAGGGAGAGCAGGUGCUGACCGCAAUGCUGGCCACAGAGAUGCCCAGUCUGCCCAGCCCCACUCCGUCGAGCGAGGGAAAUCAGGUGCUGGCCUCAAUGCUGGCCACAGAGAUGCCCAGUCUGCCCAGCCCCACUCCGUCGAGCGAGGGAGAUCAGGUGCUGGCCUCAAUGCUGGCCACAGAGAUGCCCAGUCUGCCCAGCCCCACUCCGUCGAGCGAGGGAGAGCAGGGAGAGCAGGUGCUGACCUCAAUGCUGGCCACAGAGAUGCCCAGUCUGCCCAGCCCCACUCCGUCGAGCGAGGGAAAUCAGGUGCUGGCCUCAAUGCUGGCCACAGAGAUGCCCAGUCUGCCCAGCCCCACUCCGUCGAGCGAGGGAGAGCAGGUGCUGACCGCAAUGCUGGCCACAGAGAUGCCCAGUCUGCCCAGCCCCACUCCGUCGAGCGAGGGAGAUCAGGUGCUGGCCUCAAUGCUGGCCACAGAGAUGCCCAGUCUGCCCAGCCCCACUCCGUCGAGCGAGGGAGAUCAGGUGCUGGCCUCAAUGCUGGCCACAGAGAUGCCCAGUCUGCCCAGCCCCACUCCGUCGAGCGAGGGAGAGCAGGUGCUGACCGCAAUGCUGGCCACAGAGAUGCCCAGUCUGCCCAGCCCCACUCCGUCGAGCGAGGGAGAUCAGGUGCUGGCCUCAAUGCUGGCCACAGAGAUGCCCAGUCUGCCCAGCCCCACUCCGUCGAGCGAGGGAAAUCAGGUGCUGGCCUCAAUGCUGGCCACAGAGAUGCCCAGUCUGCCCAGCCCCAAUCCGUCGAGCGAGGGAGAGCAGGUGCUGACCGCAAUGCUGGCCACAGAGAUGCCCAGUCUGCCCAGCCCCACUCCGUCGAGCGAGGGAGAAGAUGCCCAGUCUGCCAAGCCCCACUCCGUCGAGCGAGGGAAAUCAGGUGCUGGCCUCAAUGCUGGCCACAGAGAUGCCCAGUCUGCCCAGCCCCACUCCGUCGAGCGAGGGAAAUCAGGUGCUGGCCUCAAUGCUGGCCACAGAGCUGCCCAGUCUGCCCAGCCCCACUCCGUCGAGCGAGGGAGAGCAGGUGUCACCUAA